AUGGCUUUCACGAUUGACGCCGUGAUAGAAGCGAUCAGCAACGAAACUUUUGCUAUGGACGCUAGUGGAAUAUCAUCAGAUGAAGAAGAAGACUUGGACAGACGUUUGGUGAUGUCAGAUAGCGACCGAAGGCAAGUAUUUUCAUGUUUUUAGCAAACAGAUGUUUUCAUGUCAUGGCCGAAGGAUUAAAUUUACAUUCGACGCAACGUGAACUUUGACGCAUAUUUUCCAUAAGAAUUUUGUCUCUAGUCUAAGAUCUGAUACGAAAUAUAAUAAAUAUACAAAUAAUCGAUGUAAUAAGGCAUUUAUAUGAUAGUUCUGUCAUUUAUAUUGCGACAAAAAUCAAAGGUUUGAACCGAUAUCAAAAUGUGUGAGCGUCCAUGUUGCACACGUGUCAUAAGUGGGCAUUUAAAAAAUUAAUUUAUGCAUUUUUGUUUAUAUGAAGUAAAAUAAUACCAUGUUUAUAGUAUUUUAUUUUUUUAUAGUGAUGAAGAACCUGCUGAUGAAGAAGAUGAUGAUUUUGAAGCAGAUGACGAGGAUCCAGAUUGGGAGGAGGAUGGUGAUUUAGGGGAGGGUAGUGGUAGUAGGGGCCGAUCCCCAAUUAGGAGACGGGCUGACUCCCCUAAUGGUACUUCUGGCAAUAGGGGAAGGGGCAAUAGAGGAAGGUGCAGUAGGGCCAGGGGCGGUAGGGCUAGGGGUGGUAGGGCUAGGUGUGGUAGGGCCAGGGUUGGAAGGGCUAGGGAUACCGGGGCCAACAGUAGUAGUAAAUCUUAUGAUGAUGCGGACAUUAGGAAUGCCCUCCCUUUCAACCAAGCCGUCCGCCAGGAAUUCAUUUUGACAGGCAUGUCUUGCGGGGAGGAAUGACAACUGAAUUAGAAUUUUUUCGUCUCUUCUUCACCACCGAGAUGAUAAAAUCAGUUGUUGCCCACAACAAGGGGGGCCUGGAAAACAACUACUGAAGAUGAAAUAAAUCGUUUAAUUGCUAUUUUGAUUUAUUUCGGUCUGGUACGUGUAGACACAGCAGUUGAAAAGUAUUGGAGCACAAAGACCCUUUACCACGGUCUCUAGGCAAGGAAAAUACUUUCCCGUAAACGUGUGGGUAUUAUGUAUUUUUUAAUAAUUUUUUUUCAUCCCCUAAGUUAGUCCAAGAUUUGUUCAUGAAUGGGACCCCAUCAUCAGGCACAUGUAAAACUAACAGGGAUGGUUUCCCCGAAUCCAUGAAGGAUGUGAAGGUGUGGGCGAGGAAGUUGGAGCGAGGAAGCAUGCGAUGGGCAAGGGAAUCCUAUGUGUUAACCCUGCAAUGGGUUGAUAACAGGCCUGUUUCCUUGAUUACAUCAAUUGAUUACGCGAAUGAUAAAACGGAUGUGGAGAGAAGGACGAAAACGAAAGGAGUGUUUGAAAAGGUGAUUGUAAGCCAGCCCUAUGCAUUUCAUAGAUAUAACCAGUACAUGAACGCAGUAGAUAGGUCAGACCAAAUGCUUGCAUGUCAUAAUGUAAAUCGUAAGUGUUAUCGAUGGUGGAAAACAUUAUUCUUCCACUUAAUAGAUAUGGCAACUGUUAACAGUUUCCUUCUAUUUCAAAGCCAUCGUAACAGUGACCCGGGUAAUCCGGCAUUGCAUCGCAAGUCCACAUAUACUAUAGUUGAUUAUAGGGAAGAGCUGGUUAGACAGCUUUGUGGGUUAGCAGAGUAUGAUAGACCUCCUGUGAAUGAGCGAGUGCAGGCUGUUCCUCCCCCUGAUCAGUUUUGUACUGCCCAUCUACCUAAAACGGCAGCAAAUGGUGUAAGAAGGAAUUGCGUUGUUUGUUACGUGGAAGGUCGAGGGGAGAGGAAGGUUUCUACUUAUUGUACUGCCCCUUAG